CUUAGUUCACUUGACAGUAAGUAGGUGGGCUUUCGGAAACAGGAAAACGAGUCAGGGAUCGGAAUAAAUUUUAGUAUAUUUUGUGGGUAAUUCCCAGAAAUUAAUGGCUAUGAGUUCUUUUUUGAUCAACUCCAACUAUGUGGAUCCCAAGUUCCCUCCCUGCGAGGAAUAUUCACAGAGCGAUUACCUACCCAGCAACCACUCGCCCGGGUACUACGGCAGCGGCCAGAGGCGAGAGAGCAGCUUCCAGCACGAGGCGGGGUACGGGCGGCGGGCGGCUUGCACCGUGCAGACCUAUGCGUCCUGUCAAGAGCCCGGCCACCCGCCGCCGACGGUGCUGUCCCAGAGGGCUCCAGUCCAGCCGCAGGCAGGGGCCCUUCUCCCUGAGCCGGGCCAGCGCUGUGAGGCGGUCAGCCCCAGCCCCCCGCCACCGCCCUGUGGUCAAAACCCUCUUCACCCCAGCCCAUCCCACUCCUCUUGCAAAGAGCCCGUAGUCUAUCCCUGGAUGCGGAAAGUUCACGUGAGCACCGUAAAUCCCAAUUACAACGGAGGGGAGCCAAAGCGCUCCCGGACAGCUUACACCCGCCAGCAAGUCUUGGAGCUGGAGAAGGAGUUUCACUAUAACCGCUACCUGACCCGGAGGCGGAGGGUGGAAAUCGCUCACUCUCUCUGUCUCUCUGAGCGCCAGAUAAAGAUCUGGUUCCAGAACCGCCGGAUGAAAUGGAAAAAAGACCACAAAUUACCCAACACGAAGAUCCGAUCAACCACGCCGGGGUCAUCUGCAGGGGCCCAAAGUCGAGCCAAUGCAACCCCCACCUCACUAUAACGCUCCUUGAGGGGAGACCUUGGAUUUAUGGGGGUGGGAGUGGAGAUUGGUGGGAGGGUGAGGAGGGAGGAGAAAAAGUGGGAGGGCAGUGGUGCUUAAGACCAGGAAAUUUUGUCUCUGCAGAAAAAAUAACAAUAAUAAUAAUAAUAAAGAGAGAGAAGAAGGGGGGAGGGGAAUCUUAUUUAUAGCAAGAACAGAAGAGGGAGCAGAAGUGACCCCCAGAAGCACAGAGUUCGUGGCUCUUGUUUUCUUCCUUUUUUUCUUUUUUGAGAAAAAAAAAGAGGUGGAGAAGAAUGCUACAGAUACUAGUUUUCAGAUUUGGAGAAGAUGGAUCCAUGUUUCAUCUUUAAUCACGCCAACCUCAGGCCCAUUUGUCAUGCUCAGUCUGCCGGAGAGAGGACGGACUCUGUGCCUGCCAUUACCUCGACAACCAGCGCUCCCGCUAACAAAUGAGGCUCUUUCUUGAAGACAGACUGGAUUUUCUGCCCCCCACCCCCAUCCCUUCCGAGGCAUCCAACGAAAGCAUACCCAGACAACCAGAUAGAGCAGGGGUUUUUUGUUUUUGUUUGUUUGUUUGUUUUGUUUUGUUUGUUUUGCGACGGUUAAAGAAAAAAAAUUCUGACUCACUUAGAGCCCCCACCCCCACCCCAGCUACUAUUGCUCAGUAUGAUGUCUGGUAACUCUCCUUCCUACAUGUUGUAUAGGAUGUGAUCUGAGAGUGCUGAAGGGAGGAAGGAAAGAGAGGGAAUGGAAAGGCCAGGGAUGAGGGUAAGGGUGAGUGACAUCACUGCACCAAGAAGGGAAAUUAAGGCUGAGGGGGGGGAAAAAGGAGACUAAGAGAAUGUAAAGUGCGUUUGCAACCCCUGCUAAAGGAAGGCAUUGGCAGGUUAAUUACCUUGCUUGUGAAUGCUAGGAACCUGUUUAGCUUAGUAACAUUGCCCUAAGACACAAGGACCCUGGAACUCUGAUUUCUCUCUUUCUGAGAGGCUCUUCCUGAGGCAGGGGCCUCCUCUUAUAAACAGUCAGUCCGUUUUCCGACCGAGAAUGUGACCCAGCAACCAGAACUCUGUGCCCCGGUCUGUUGGGAAGAAGGUGCUCUGGGCCUUCGGACAGUUUGUUGUUGUCGUCUUCUCGUCGUUUUUUUUUUUUAAUUAUGAUGAUGAUGAUUAAGACUAUGAACAUUUUAUUUUAUUUUGUGUGCGUCCUCUUUGUGUUCUCUUCCUGACAUUCCAAAUCAUUCCUGUUGCAAAGCCAACUAGCUCCCUUCGGGAGCAGAAAGAUACCUCUAUGGCAGUCAGUGUGAAAUUUCCCAUGGCGUGUUCAUAGUGAAAAUAGAAAUAAAUUUUGGUUCCCUUGUGA